GGCCGCACCCCGGGCACCGAGCGAGCCCCCGCCCCAGGCCAGCCCGCGGGAAGGGCAGGAGCGAGCCCGCCUGUGGGCCGGACACAGGGCCCACGCUCCCCACCGGGGCCCCGGGCAGCCGCCUUCGGAGACCCUCAUCAGCCCCAGCCGUCGGAACCGGGACCGGCUCCUGGGAAUACCGGGAGAGAAGGCGAGGAUCUGAGCACCCACGAGGACUGAGCAGAGGCAUCUCUCAGCCGCACCCGGGCCCCCACCAAGCACAGGACCAAAGGGGAACUGUCGGCCAGACCGACCCGUGCAGCCGGACAAGCACCGCGUCAGGCACAGAGCCCAGUUCAACACCUCGGCCGCCCACGGCGAGCAGCGCAAGCCGCUGACCGGCUGCGGGUGCCGCAACUAAACAUCAGCCAGAGACGCGCCGGGACAAGGCUCCCAAAGCACCGGGGGCAAGGCACAGCAUGGACCAGUCACCGGGAUUAGAGCCUUCACAGGAACCAAAAGAUGCCUAUGAACAUGGGCAUGGCCCUUAUCAGCCACACGAACCAGGUUACGGUCUUGAUCAGCCCGGAUACAGCCCAUAUGAGGAUCAGAUACCCGAUCCCCAAGCCCGGAUGCUGGCAAUCAAGAAUGCAAAAGCCUAUUUACUAAAGACUAGCACAAGAUCUGGCCUGAACUUAUAUGAUCAUUUUGCUAACGUACUAACAAAGAUCCUGGAUGAACAGCCCGCAAAUACAGUAGACAUAAUUGAGGAUAUCAGCAAGGAUGUGAAGUGGGCUCAGUUUCGGAAAAAAAUGGACAGUCUUCGAGAUGAACAUCUGAUUCUUCCAACAUUUGAAGCUGCAGAAAAGUGUAAAGCUUUGUUCGUCAAGGAAGUCGGUGAAGAAGAGCGUGAAGAACUAGAUGAAGAGAUAGGACAGCCCUCUCUACCAAAUGUGAUGGAAACAGCCUUUUAUUUUGAGCAGGCUGGAAUUGGCCUGGACAAAGACGAAUCCUAUUACAUAUUCCUUUCCCUUAAAAACCUAAUUAAUGUUCAGCCAAUCCAGACCUGUCGCUUCUGGGGCAAAAUUUUGGGCCUGGAAAUGAACUAUAUUAUAGCUGAAGUACAGUUACAUGAAGGGGAAGGGGGAGAGGAGGAGGAAACAGGAGAGGAAGAAGAGGAAACUGUUGCGGAAGGAGAGAAAGAGAUGGGUGAGGCUGAAGAAGAAGGUGAGGAGAAAGAAAAGGAAGCUGAACCACCGAAGUCCACCUAUAAACCCCCACCUGAGAUCCCAAAAGAAGAAAAUGGGACUGGGACUAAUAAAUAUAUCUACUUUGUCUGUAAUGAGCCAGGCAAACCCUGGGUGAAGUUGCCUCCAGUGACACCAGCCCAGAUUGUCUGUGCCAGGAAAAUCAAGAAGUUCUUCACUGGUCGGCUGGAUGCUCCUGUUGUGAGCUUUCCUCCUUUUCCCGGAAAUGAGGCCAAUUACCUGCGUGCACAGAUAGCUCGAAUCUCAGCAGGAACCCAUGUCUCUCCCACUGGAUUUUACCAGUUUGCAAAUGAGGAUGAAGAAGAAGAAGAAGGAGAUGAAUAUGAAGAAAACCCCGAGUUUGAGCCUCCCCCUGUGAUUGAAAUGGUGGAGUCCCUCGCCACGUGGGCACACCAUGUAAAGGGCAUUCUAAAGCAGGGUCGCUGUGUUUGGAUUAAUCCUUCUCAAAAAUCAGAGGAAAAUGAAGAAGAAGAAGAUGAAGAGGAGGAAGAAAAAGAGGAGGAGGGAGAAGAGCAAGAGGAAGAAAGAGGACUACCCCUUCUUACUCUAAUCUCUGAAGAUGAAGGAAUGAAAAACAUCCCUGCUUGGACAGCUCAGGCUUCUACAAACCUGAUCCCACAAUAUUCUGUUGCAAUCCUGCAGUCUAACCGAUGGCCUGGAGCUUAUGCUUUUGCAUCUGGCAGGAAAUUUGACAACAUCUACUUUGGCUGGGGUCAUAAAUACAGUCCAGAAAGCCACACUCCCGCACUGCCCCCGCCAGCGCAAGCAGAGUACCCCAGCGGGCCAGGAAUCACUGAGACAGUAGACCCCACUGUGGAAGAGGAAAUUGCUUUCAGGGUUGCGCAGGAAGAAGCCUUAGCCGGAGAGGAAGAGGAAGAGGAAGAAGAGGAAGUGGAGGAUGAUUAAAAUAUGGAAGAAAACAGAUUGUUUUAAAAGUUUGAACAUGAACGGCAUUUUCAUAACAUAGUCAUUUAUUUGCUGACCUCAAAAGAAAUGCACUUGCAGCAUGCCUUUGUUUUUUGAUUUCUGAAGCCUUUUCUUUGCAGCUAUCUUCCUCUCCUUCCCCACCCCUGAAACCUACCUGCACUGGCAUGAAGCCUUUUUCUGUUUGUUUGAGUAUGCAAACACUGUCUGCUUCCUAAAAUGAUACUGCUUUGAACUAAGAACUACCAUGCACCAGAUGUUCACACUGUUUUUCUAGCCCUCACUUCAAUACAUUCAUACAUUUUACUUAAAUAAAUGGUUUUUAAACUCA